AUGUGCGCCGCGGCGGCCGACCUCGAGGCGCGUCAGCUCCGCAUCCUCGGCCGUAUUGCCGACCUCGAGCUCGCCGCGCAGCAGCACCGCCUCGGGGCGCUCUCCAUCUCCGCCGCGCCCUCGGAGAACGGCGAGGCCGACGCGGGGGCCACCGAGGCGCGGCUCUCGGCCCUCCUGGCCGCGCGCGGCGUGCGGGACUUCGCCUUCCGUCGCGUUCCCGCCGACUACUACGACCGCUCCCUCGAGGAGCGCUGCGGCCUGCUCCGAGCCGACUCAGUCGCCCAGCUCUGCAAGAGCAUCGUCAUGGUGAACACCCAAGCUGCUGCAGAUGUUGUUGAUUGCAGUAAUCCAAAGAAUUCAAAAUAUUAUGUCGUUGUUGUUCAGUAUAAUGCACGGCUUAAUGCUGAAAACAUCAAGAACUUCCUGUAUGAACUAAAUGAGAAGCAAAUACCCAAAAAGAGAUUUAACAUGAGGUUGGCACCAGAAGAGGAGUCACACAAACUUACUGGGUUUGUGCAUAACGCUGUCACUUGCAUUGGGAUGGAAACAACCAUACCGGUUAUCAUAGAUGAAGCUAUCACCAAAUUGGAUGAGGAUUUCUUCUGGCUGGGUGGUGGAGAAGUUGACCUCAAGCUCGGGAUGCGAACCUCACAAUUCUUAAGUGCCUUUAGUCCAUUCGUGGUGAAAUGCAGCUGA